CACCGCACUGGUGCUGGUGCACACCCCACCCUCGCAAUCCCGUCCUUCCAAACCGCUUUCCCCCGAACGCCGGGCGGCUGAACGCGUCCCCAUCCCCUCAUGGACGCCGCGAGCCGCACCUGGCCGCCGCCCAACCCCUCGCCGGCGCCCUUCUCCUCCCGGCUCCGCGCGUCCUCGGACCCCCACCGCCGCCGGCGCCGCCGCCACUCCAAGAAGCCCAAGCCGGAGCCGCCGGCUCCCCCGCCCAAGAACGCCCCCGUCUGCUCCGGCGCGGACUUCGAGUCCCUCCCGCCGGAGCUCCUCCACCGGGCGCUGUCCGCGGCCGGCGCCGCCGACGUCUCGGCCGCCAGCCGUGCGUGUCGCUCGUGGCGAGACGCGCUGCAGCCGCUCCGCGAGGCGGCGGCGCUGCACGCGCACGGGCGCCGCCUCAAGCACGGCUCCGCCGUUCCCGCCGGACUCGACGGCGAGAGGCGCGAGGCGGCGAGGCAGAGCGCGCUGGGUCUCUUCAAGCGGGCGGCGAGGCUGGGGUCCGCGGCUGCCAUGGUGGACGCCGGGCUGAUGUGCUGGGAGGAGGGGCAACGGGAGGAGGCGGUGGGGUACUACCAGGCGGCGUCGGAGCUGGGACACCCUGUCGGCAUGUGCAAUCUCGGAGUGUCCUACCUCGAAGCUGAUCCACCCCAGGCCGAGGAAGCUGUUAGAUGGUUUUAUCCAGCUGCAUCCGCAGGCAAUGUUCGUGCCCAGUACAACCUAGCCCUCUGCUUGCAGAAUGGAAAAGGAAUCAAGCGUAAUCAACGGGAAGCUGCAAAGUGGUACUUACGAGCUGCAGAAGGAGGGAAUGUACGAGCCAUGUAUAAUGUUUCCUUGUGUUAUGGCUUUGGUGAAGGGUUUACACCGGAUCCAGUGCGUGCAAAGAAGUGGCUGCAACUAGCUGCUGAUUGUGGUCACAGAAAGGCUCUUUAUGAGUCUGGUAUUAAACUCUGUGCGGCAGGAGACAAGAUCAGGUCUCUUAUGUAUCUAGAGCUGGCAACACGCCAUGGAGAAAGUGCCGCCUCACAUAUGAGAGAUGUAAUACUUGAAUCACUCUCUCCUGCGAAUGCCCAACGUGCCCUUUCAGAUGCUGAUAAAUGGCGACCGAAAUCUCUCUCUGCCAGAAGAUGAGCAGAUGGCUCCUACCAAACACUAACAACCCCUUUAUGGGGCUGGCCAUUAACUACAUCAUUUCCAAAUCAGGCGCUUCCCAAAGGGCCAAGUGGGCAUGUACGCAUCUACUUCCUCCGUCCGGAAUUAGUUGACAUUCAAACGGAUGUACCUAGCUCUGAAAUACGUCUAGAUACAUCCGUUUGAGCGUCAACUAAUUCCGGACGGAGGGAGUACAUCAAAAUCAUCUUCAUGUCCUUUGCCUUGGCUUGCUUGUAAAUCCUAUCAUUACAGAUUGUGACGGGGAAGUUGGUCAAAUGGCGAUGAGGGACACAAAGUAGUGGAAUGCUGGGUAAAACUGUAUAGUACAGCCCAAGAAAAGCUUUGGUUCAGCUGACCUGAAGACUGAACAAUUGCAUCUUUGUGAUAAGUAGAAACGAUUGGGUGCUAGUACUACUCUUUAGUCACCAAAUGUGUGAAAGGUGUAUAGUGCUGUAUCACAGUUGAAAGGAAUGAUGCAAACUAGAAUUGCAUCGCAUCUUUGUUUUGGUGAUUGAGGAAAUGUUGAAGAUAAAUAAUA